AUGUUAUCGGAACAUGGUGUGAACUUAACAUACAUGCAAGCUUGGAGAGCAAAGGAAAAGGCUUUGGAAUUUUUGAGAGGUCAUCCUGCUGAUUCCUACAGUCGGUUGCCGAGUUAUUUGUAUAUAUUGGAGAAGACUUAUCUGGGGUCGAUAGUCAAAUUGCAGAAGACUGAAGAUGAUUAUUUCUUGUAUGUAUUUGUUGCUCUUAGUACAUCCAUCAAGGGUUGGGAGCAUUGUAGGCUAGUUGUAGUAGUCGAUGGUACCUUCUUGAACUCGGCAUAUAGGGGAAUCAUGCUAACAACAAGCACAAUGGAUGCAACAAGUAGUAUAUUACCAUUAGCAUAUGCCGUUGUUGAUUUAGAAAAUGACACAUCAUGGAGAUGGAUUUUUGAGCAAUUCAAACAUGCAUAUGGUGAAAAACUAAAUAUGUGUGUUGUUUCGGACCAGAAUGAGAGUAUAUUGAAGGCAGCAUCUACGAUUUAUACUGGCAUGCCACAUUAUGCUUGCGUGUGGCAUAUUUGGACAAAUGUAAGGUCAAAGUUCAAGAAAGGUCAUCUAAUGUUAAGCGAGUUAUACUUUUUCACGGCACGAUCAUACACGCUUGAUGAACUUAAUGAAAGAAUGUCAAAGAUUGAAGAGAUUGACACGCAUGUUAAAGCAUACCUACACGAUAUUAGUUAUCACAAAUGGUCUCGGGUAUAUGCUACAGUGAACCAAACAUGGACGAUGAAAUCAAAUAUUACAGAGUCCUUGAAUGCGGUAACCAAAGAUGCAAGACAACAGCUCGUAGUUCAACUACUAAAGUACAUGAGGACUCUUCUUGAACGUUAG